AUGACAGAUCUCCCGAACAACGCAACGCAGCAGGGCGAGGACCUCUGGCUCGUUCUGCUGCAUGAGGUUGCGUUCUGGCGAGAGCAACCGGAGAUCCGUGAGGAUCCCGGUUUGUACGCCCUAGCAGAGCGAAGCUGGACCCUCCUGCAAGAGGUAAACCCAUGCACCGAAGCACACACGAUGGCGGAAGUGCGCGCUCUGCUACAGCAGCUUGUCCGCCAGUUCAAGACGAAGCGGCUCCAACCCCUCGCCUGUACGGAGGCAACCCCGCUUCCUCCUACAGGUUCCGGGCGACUACAUAGCUGCAAUCUCACAGAGACAUGCUGUGAAGCUUUGGCUUUAACUCUCAAAUCAUACUCUCACCUGAGAGAGCUGGACCUGAGUGACAAUGACCUGAAGGAUUCAGGAGUGAAGCUGCUCUCUGCUGGACUGGAGAAUCCACACUGUACACUGGAAAUACUGAGACUGUCAGACUGUAGAGUCAAAGAAGAAGGCUGCUCUUCCCUGGCUUCAGCUCUGAGGUCAAACCCCUCACACCUGAGAGAGCUGGAUCUGAGCUCCAAUCACCUAGGAAACUCAGGAGUGAAUCAGCUCUCUGCUGUACUGGAGAAUCCCAGCUAUAAACUGGAGAUACUGAAACUGAACAGCUGUAAAUUGAGUUGGGAAUCCUGUAUAGCACUGGCCUCUGCUCUCAGUUCAAACCCACAUGUGAGAGAGCUGGACCUGAGUGACAAUGAGCUGCCGGAUUUAACAGAGAAACAGCAUCCAAAGAUUAAAAGGGAGAUGCCGCAGUCAGCAUUACUGGGUUUUACACGCUGUAAACUGGAGGUACUCAGAUUGAACAGCUGCAAUCUCACAGAGACAUGCUGUGAAGCUUUGGCUUUAACUCUCAGAUCAAACUCCUCACGCCUGAGAGAGCUGGACCUGAGUGAUAAUGACCUGCAGGAUUCAGGAAUGAAGCUGCUCUUUGCUGAAAUGGAGAAUCCACACUGUACACUGGAAAUACUGAGGCUGGCAGGUUGCAGAGUCAGAGAAGAAGGCUGUUCUUCCCUGGCUUCAACUCUGAGGUCAAACCCCUCACACCUGAGAGAGCUGGAUCUGAGCUACAAUCACCCAGGAGACUCAGGAGUGAAGCUGCUCUCUGCUGUGCUGGAGGAUCCCAGCUGUAAACUGGAGAUACUGAAACUGAACAGCUGUAAUCUCACAAAGACAUGCUGUGAAGCGUUGGCUUUAACUCUCAGAUCAAAGUCCUCACAUCUGAAACAGCUGGACCUGAGUGAUAAUGACCUGCAGGAUUCAGGGGUGAAGCUGCUCUUUCCUGAAUUGGAGGAAUACCGCUGUAACCUGGAGAUACUGAGGCUGUCACACUGUGGAGUCAAAAAAGGAGGCUGUUCUUCCCUGGCUUCAGCUCUGAGCUCAAACCCCUCACACCUGAGAGAGCUGGAUCUGAGCUACAAUCACCCAGGAGACUCAGGAGUGAAGCUGCUCUCUGCUGUAUUGGAGAAUCCCAACUGUAAACUGGAGAUACUGCGGCUGUCAGACUGUGGAGUCAGAAAAGAAGGCUGUUCUUUCCUGGCUUCAGCUCUGAAGUCAAACCCCUCAUACCUGAGAGAGCUGGAUCUAAGUGACAAUGGCCUGAAGGAUUCAGGAGUGAAGCAGCUCUCUGCUUUACUGGAGGAUCCCAGCUGUAAACUGGAGAAACUGAUACUCCUGUCAGCCGCCACUGGACCCCAACGCAGGAAACAUGAUUGAUUAGUUUUGCUAUGUAUUGCAUUCCUGCUGCAAAUAAAGCUGCCCAUAGACUAAUAAAAAAGGCUGUAUGAAGCUAGGAAAUUGUACCUUUUAACACUAAAGGUAGUGUUAAAAACAACCAGCACAGUCUCACUCCUCUCUACACAUUCAUAAUGUCAGUGCUGUAGAUGUUGUAUUCCAGUCCUGUACACAGAUUAUCAAAAGACAUCAAAAUCAGUAGGAUGCUCUGUGUUUCUUGUUUUCUAAAAUGUUCUUGUGAGUAAUAAAAUUCCACUUGUUUGUUUUGUUCUUUUAAAGAUGUGUAUGUGUAGGGUUUGUUUGUCCAGAUAAAGAAAUGAAUGAAAUAAAGUUUGACUUAACAAUAAUGUCAGAAACUUU